CUGACACCUCAGGCAAGGGACUACCCCUCUCUAAUCCUUGGGGUUCUCAUCUGUGAAAUGGGGGCUUGUCCUGGCUCAUGGGAUGUUAGGGGCAACUCACAGGGGUGGUCAGCUCUGGGCAUUCCUAAGGACUUAGGGAAGAAGAGCCCACGUGCCCCACAGUGGGGUCAGUGCCUGGAACCAUCCCAGUGCCUCUCCUCCAGCCAGGGCUUAGCAGGCCUGAGCCGUUAUAGGCUCACAGUUCCCUCCCCCAUUAGAGAGUAUUGAAUAGGCUUGAUGGUGUCCCUGUCUGACCUCCUGUCUGUCUGGGAUUAAGCCUCUGCUUCUCUCCUGGCCACCCCUCGGGUGGCCCCAGCAGCCUCUGGGAAUCGCUUCCUGCUCCCACUCUGGCCUGUCUUCACAACGGCCCUGGGCCAGCCCUCCUGCAUCUUCACCCUCCUCUUUCCUCCCCUGAACACUGCUGGAGCCCCAGCAGGUGUCUUUCCUGGCAUCUGGUUACCAUGUCCAGGCUCACAGACCUGGUGGCUUCACUCCUUCACCCCAGAGCCCUUCUGGCUGCUCAGGACCCGUGAUCAGGUUGAACCCCCUCACCUGCCUUAGUGCCUGGCCCCAGCAUCCCUGUGCAGCUCAUCUUUGGCCAUGCCAGCCACCCUCUGCCAGGAGCAGCCUUCCUUCUCUGUCACUUAAAGAUGUCCACCCAGCCGCUGCUCCUGGCACCAUCUCUUGAGGAUGUAUCUCUAGACGCCCACAAGUCCCCACCUGGACCCAUGUCAGGACAGUGGCCAGGGUUGUCCCUCCACUUAAUACUGGCCCUGAACCAUGAGGUCAUGCACCUGCCGCACAGUGCUUGCAUACCUGCACUUCACAUUGCUGGUGCCAUGGCUGCCUGAUUUCUGCUGACUGUGACAUUUUUCCCUAGGGUGACGCCUGGAGACCCUUUCGCCCUGGCCCAGCUGCAGGCCCCGGGAUGCUCUGGGCAUGGCCUCUGGAGCCCCACAGAAGAGCAGCCAAAUGGCCGGUGGAGCUGAGGAGACCCAAGGCUUCCUGGACACACUCCUGCAAGACUUCCCAGCCCCACUAAACCCGGAGGACCCUCUGCCGUGGAAGGCCCCGGGGACUGUGCUCAGCCAGGAGGAGGUGGAGGGCGAGCUAGCCGAGCUGGCCAUGGGCUUUCUGGGCAGCAGGAAGGCCCCACCACCACUUGCUGCAGCUCUGGCCCACGCAGCAGUUUCCCAGCUACUACAGACAGACCUUUCCGAAUUCAGGAAGUUGCCCGGGGAAGAGGAAGAAGAGGAGGAGGAGGAUGACGAGGAGGAGGAGAAGGCCCCUGUGACCUUGCUAGAUGCCCAAGGCCUGACACGGAGUUUCUUUAACCGGCUUUGGGAAGUCGCCAGCCAAUGGCAGAAUCAGGUGCCACUGGCUGCCCGGGCCUCACAGCGGCAGUGGCUGGUCUCCAUUCACGCCAUCCGGAACACUCGCCGCAAGAUGGAAGACCGGCAUGUGUCCCUCCCUUCCUUCAACCAGCUCUUCGGCUUGUCCGACCCCGUGGACCGCGCCUACUUUGCUGUGUUUGACGGUCACGGAGGUGUGGAUGCUGCGAGGUAUGCUGCUGUCCACGUGCACACCAACGCUGCCCGCCAUCCAGAGUUGCCCACAAACCCUGCGGGAGCCCUCAAACAAGCCUUCCAGCACACCGACCAGAUGUUUCUCAGGAAAGCCAAGCGAGAGCGGCUGCAGAGCGGCACCACGGGUGUGUGUGCACUCAUUGCAGGACCGACCCUGCAUGUUGCCUGGCUCGGGGACUCCCAGGUCAUUUUGGUGCAGCAGGGACAGGUGGUGAAGCUGAUGGAGCCACACAGACCAGAACGGCAGGAUGAGAAAGCGCGAAUUGAAGCACUGGGUGGCUUUGUGUCUCACAUGGACUGCUGGAGAGUCAACGGGACCCUGGCCGUCUCCAGAGCCAUCGGGGAUAUCUUCCAGAAGCCCUACGUGUCUGGGGAAGCCGAUGCAGCUUCCCGGGUGCUGACAGGCUCUGAGGACUACCUGCUGCUUGCCUGCGAUGGAUUCUUCGACGUCGUCUCCCACCAGGAAGUUGUUGGCCUCGUCCAGAGCCACCUGGCCAGGCAGCAGGGCAGUGGGCUCCAUGUCUCUGAGAAGCUGGUGGCUGCAGCCCGGGAGCGGGGCUCCCACGACAACAUCACGGUCAUGGUGGUCUUCCUCAGGGACCCCCAAGAGCUGCUGGAGGGUGGGAACCAGGGAGCAGGGGACUCCCAGGCAGAUGGGAGGAGCCAGGACUUGCCCUCCAGCCUCCCAGAACCUGAGACCCAGGCUCAACCAAGAAGCUAGGUGGUCUAGACCCCCGCCCUCCCCUUCCUCCUGCCCUUGUCCUUCUCCCACUCAGAGGCCUCAGGACCCAACAGGCAGCAGUGGACAGGGCGCCUGCCCCACAGUGCUUUCCCCAGCACCCGAGAGCCACGCAGGGUGCCCCCUGCAGCCCGUCCUGGUGGCUGUGGAACUGCACUGGGUGGCAGGCAGAUGAUAGAAGGCAGCCUAGGAGACCUCACCAAAGAGAAGAUGGACCGGCUCUUGUUCCCAGCUCCCAUGGGGCCAAGGUGGGACCAGAGGUCAUAGGUGCCCAGUGGCAGCCAAACCAAAGACACAGUGUGCGUGGAGCAGCACAGCACAGUUAUGCAUGUGGGACCCUGGGGCGGACCCAGGAGCCAAACUCUUGAAGCGCCCCCUGGGUCAGGCCCAGCAGCGGGGUGGCCAGCCCGUGUUUCCCAUGGCUCCUCUCUACUGCCGGGGCUGGAUGGGUUGGUAUCUACAGCUAUGCCCAACAGGUCCUGGUUGGUCAUGCUGGUGUUCCAAAGAGGAGAGCACAGCAGGGCCAGGGAUUUGUUCUGUAGCAGCCACCCCUGACCCCACUCCAGGGCAGCCAUGAUGUGCUUGGACCCACCAGGGCCUUCUGGGCUGCUCUGUUCCCUGAGCUCAGAACCGGCGACGCACAUGUGUCUUUUGUUGGUGUGUUUGUUUUUUCCAGGGAAGUCUAAUUCAGAAGCAGUAUUCCAGGUUUUCUCUUUGUUUUAUCAGUGCCAAGAUGAUCUGUUGUGUCAUAUAAUUUAAGCAGAGCUUAGCAUUUAUUUUAUUCCUUAGAAGACUUAAGUAUUUACUUUUUUAAAGCUAUUUUUCAAGAAACCUUUUUUCGCAGUAUUAUUGAGUUUAUUUUCUAAAUCAGGAUUGAAACAGGAACUUCUCCAGGUGGUGUUAAUAAGCCAUUCAAGUGCCUUACACAGCUUUGAAGAAACUAGGAAUGCAGUGGGCUCAGAGAGGCCCAUUGAGGUUUUUAGAAAAGCAGGAUUUGUUUUGUUAGGGAGGGAUGAUUUUGGUGAGAUCUUUCUGGAAGAGUUUUCCGCCUCUUGGUGAUGCUGAGCACCCCCAAGGUUCCCCCGCCAGGUGACUGGCAGGACCUGUGGCUGCCAUGUGACGGUGCCUGGGCCCAACAGCGGGGCUCUGGGCAUCCCGGGUGACCUUGGCCUGUCUGCCUGCAUUCCCACCCUCUCUGGCCUGGCUGGACCUUGCUGCUGUGUGAUUGGAACACUCCCAAAUGUCUUGUGAAUUUGUAAUCAAAUUGGCCUCAUUGGGAAAGACGCUUAAUUAAGAGGUUCAAACAAGCACAGAGGCAGCCCGUGGGUCUCUGGCUUAGUCUGGAGGCAGUGGGGAUGCUGUUAGGAGUCCACAGCACAGGCCAUAACCCCUCCCCUUGCCGCAGUGGCUGGCAGCGUGCCUGCCUUGCUCUGCCCCGUGCCCUGAGCAGGUGUGAGAGCUCCACGUAUCCUAGCACACCCUGAGAGGGGGCCCACAAGCGACCAGUUAUGGGUGCCUCAGAGAGCUCACUGAGGGCAUCUGGCGAGGCUGGGGGAGGGCAUCAGGCAGAGGGAAGAGGUCAGGGGACCGGGGAAGGAUCAGAGGCUUCCUGCAGGGCUGAGCCAAGCUGCAGGAAGGGCUGAGCUAAAGGUGGGCACGGCUGUUGCAAGCAGGGCAGGGGGAAGAGAGGAGAGAGGGAAGAAGCUGGGCUGUGUGGUCUCCAUAGAGGCAUUCAGAGUUCACCUGCAGACAGCGGGGACCCCAGGAAGGUCUGCACAGCUGCACCCCAGGCGUCUCAGCUUCGUCUCAGCUGGCCAAGGAGGCUUGCUAGAGCUGCCUUCCUGAGGGAAACCCUCUGUCCCGCAGGGAGCGGGGAGCCAGCCUUGCUGGGGCCCCACCUGCACACCCAGGCUUACCCCUCAUUCUCACAGCACAGAUUAGGUUGAGACCCUGCAGUCAAUGUGUUACUUAAGGUCUCUUGAUUAAGAAAAGAAAAACUUCAACAUAGUCAUUGUCAUUCAGACAUUCAGAGAAUGGUUGGCCACCAACAAUGACUGGGUAUUGCUUGCUUAACUUGAAAGCCUGUUGCCUCCUUCUGAGGGUCAGCAACCAGAGCCCCUGGUGCCCUCUCAGCCCAACCAGACACAGGGAUGCAGGUCAACCCUCACCACCAGCCCACCCCACCAUGGGCAUAACUUUGACAAAGGGAAAGAAUGAUUGGCAUCUACUUUUCUCUUUUCUUUGCUAAUAAUCCUGUUCCUGGCUGCCAAGAGUGGAGUUUCACCCUGUGGAGGUUUGGCUCAUAUCACCUGGUGGUCUGAUUCAUACCCUGGCUUGAGGAUCCACCAGAAGAUCUCCCAGCCUCAGCGUGCGGAAAGCCAUUUCCCCAGGCUCGUCCCAGCGCCACCGCUUCCCACCCCUGAGCCAGGACCCCAGGGGAUGACUUUGCCCCAUGCCUGGCAGAGGUGUGGUGUCAGCACUGGGAGCUGCUCCAUCCUUGCCUUGGGGCCAAGGCAGCCCUCAUUCACCCCUGCACAGUGGCUGGGCACAGAGGAGCACUCUUCCAUCUUGACCGGUACUGCACCGAGAGCCACCAGGCGUCUUCAGCCUCCAGCCUCCUGCGCAACCUCUUCCAGCCACAGUCCCACGAGGGCCCCUAGCCAGGGACGCUGGUCUGUAAAUUGUAAUCCUCUCUCCAGCCUCAGCUCGCCACUUGUACUUUGUAUAAGCUGAACAGGCAGUGCACCUCUGAGUGUCCCUUUUGUAAGGCCCAGGGUUGCACUGAUUCUGCAGAGUCUGCAACCUCCUGGAAUGUUGUGGGUGCAGGUGAGCCGGCGUGUCCUGGGGAGAUGCUGCCAGCGCUCAGGGGCCCCUCCCACUGCCAGUGGGGUGGGGUGGUUAAGUGUUAUUAGUGUCUAUUCUUAAAAUUAAGUGGGCUGGAGAAGAAUGGAGCUCCAGAUGCCAGCACCGUAUAUGGAGCACAAAAGCCGGGGAAGCAGGGCCUGCCUUACAGGUGUGACUGACUGAGCCCAGGCCUGCAGGGGCGGAGGGCGGUCCCUCAGAAUCGCAGAGGCAGCUCCAGCCUCAGAACCCAGGAUAGGAAAUGUGUGUGUUUGCAGGGGAGAAGGACAGGGUGCUCGUGGCAGGGCCAGCAUGCGACCCCCUCUCCCCUCCCCUGCCUUGGUGAGCCCAGUGUGAACACCAGGCCUCCUCAGCCGUGUUCCUGGGGCUGGGAGGACAGCUCUGGCCCUUCCUAGGACUAGCCCCGCCCCAAGCUAAAUGGAAGUGAGGUGGGCUGUGUUAAAGUGGUGUUUUUGGUUUGAUUCUGCAUCUGUAGCUCAAAGAGGGCAGGCAGCCCCUGGAGUCCUGAGUAUUCUGUGAAGGCUCCGUGACCCUGCCAUUCAUGUGCCAUGAAGGCCUUGCCAAGGGUUUAUCUGCAUGCGUCUCAGUGGGCUUCUGCGUGGGAGUUGUGUUCCUGUGCAAGGGGAGUCUUGCUCCAGGACGGGACAAGUCCCAAGAUGCCAGAAAGGCAGUCUCCCAAGGGCCCACCGUGCAGAAGUGUCAAUAAACCACGAGUUCUGAACUCUGU